CCAAUCAACAGUGUUUCCCUGAGAGCGGAUUAUUGCCAAUGCGCUUACCACAAUCAACAAGUAAUUUAAACGUGAAAUUGACUCUGGAGGACCAACAUUACAGUAUUGCGACUUGAUUGGAAGUAGUAAUAUAGCACGGUCUGUUGGGAUGGAUAUUGGUAACGAACUUGGCUGCGUGCCCAAAAMACCAUGUACAGGGAAUCUCAACCAACCCGGCAUAUCAAUGCAUCCCACAGAAAACAAUCAUGUGCUUGUUUCUGAAAAGCACACAGCACUACAAGAAUCUAGCRAUAGUACAAUGGCCGCCGAGAGAGAGMAAACUGCACUUUUGGGUGAACAGAAUUCACCAUCUAUUGUCUCAGCCACAAAAGACGAAGAGCAAAAUUCAAAUUUGGCAGAAAACGACUUUGAAUGUCGAAUUUGCCGUAGUCGCGAUGAUGAACCGCUGAUAAGUCCCUGUAAAUGCUCUGGAUCUUCAAAAUGGAUUCACCAAAGCUGUUUGGUACAGUGGUUCCAGAUUUCAAGAGCUACAAAAUGUGAAUUAUGCUCUGAGAAAAUUAUAAUUAAGAAAUUUGUGAAGCCGGUACGAGAGUGGAAGCGACCCAACAGUAGAUUUGGCUCGUGUUCAAAGGUCGAUCUUUGGUAUGCCUUUGUAACUCUAUUCAGCGUCGGUACCAUCAUUGGGUUUGCUGUGUUCCACAGCUACGUGGGCCCAGAGGAAGGAAUGGAAACUACAGUGGUAUUUAUCGCUAUUUACGUGCUAUGUUCUUUGAUGAUAGCCGUACGAGUUCGGUAUUUUUAUCAUUGGUGUACAAGAAGGAAUCCAUUUUGGGACGAGUGGAGAGUUUUAAAUCAAGAAUGGGAUAUUCAACAAGAUGGCGCCCGUCCACCUGAGACUAAAUACCCAAUGAACGAGUCAGUUGUUUAACGAUACGUUUCAUUUGUACGUAGGUAGUGUAACGUUUACGUUUAUAAUUUAAUUAGCGUUGUUAGUUAGCCGGAUGUUUUUAAUAUCUAAUUGAGCAAAGCAAACCAUUGUUUGUACGAAAUAUUACGUUCACACACAACACUUUACGUAAGUGUGGACGUUUUUACAUUUUUCUAAGCUCUAUAGUAGCCUUGCGUUUUACGUAGUACACGCAUUUACGUCAACUUCUUGCGCCAGAGGAGACGCUUCAUUCAUAAAAAGACUUAUAAUAUAUAAAACGUUUACGUAAGUUGUUUUAGAUUGUCCAAAUUGACUUUAAUAUAAGGACAUUAGUUAGGCAUUUAUAUAAUGUAUGAGUAAAUGUAGAAAAACGUAUCGUCUUACGUGGCAUGCGUUUUCUUCACGUACCUUUCAAGUUAACCUUGCGUUUAUAUAGUAACAUUUCACGUUYUUAUUUGUCUAAAUUAGAAAAAGCGAUAUGAAAUGUUCACAAUUUGAAAAUUAGGAAUCUUAAGAUAACGACUGGGGAGACUGACCGGUUGGGGUCGGGAAAGCCUAUAGACUCCUCCACAGCCAGCACUUUAAUUGCUCUGGUACCAUCUUGGCAACAGUCUCCCUUGGUAUAUGAGUGAGACAGGAAGCCCAAGAGUGCAUUGAAUACUGCUUAGUUUCAGUGUAGUCAGUAGAUUGUCCUUGUUUUUUAAGAUUCCUAAUAUUUUGCUUUUCAGUUUAUAUUAAAUUUUUUGAUAUUCAUAUAUUCACUUUUGAAUYGUUGCAUUCUCAUAUCAUUAGCAUAUGACACAGGAAACCCACACAAUUUCAAGUACGAUAUCACAUCAAUUUAACAACUUUUCGCCAUUUAAAGUAAACACAGUUUAAAAAGAAACUAGAAAAAAUGACAGUAAAAAAAGUACAUUUUUUAAAGUGAUAUCAAAAAAGCAA